AGUACAGUACUGCAGCAGUGCAUCCCGGAAGUACUUACCUAACAGAACGACUGAGCUAAGUGCAGAGGACAUCGCUGAGCUUGUCCCUUGGCGCCUGGAACUGAUUUGCGUCCUCCCUGACCCCUUCUUAAAAUGACGACUAGGAGAUGCUUGUUCUUGGUGUUAUGCAUUUUUUGUGCUCCGAUCUCCUCCGCCCGUGGUGUUUUCCUGGAAGCUGAUCAAAAUGUUACUGUUCCUAUCGAGUGGAUAUAUGUAGGGCGAGUAUCGGCCUCUGAUCAAAUACUGCUCACUUUUGCACUGAAACAACAAAAUACCAACAAACUCAAAGAACUACUGGAGCGAGUAUCAAACCCACAUUCUCCCCAAUACGGUAAAUACCUCACCUUGGAUCAGUUAUCUAGUCUGAUUCAAUCUUCAGAAGAGACUCUGAAAACGGUGUGGACGUGGCUAAGAAGCUAUGGCGUACAAAGCUGCUCCACGGUCCAGACUUCAGAUUUCUUGAAAUGUUUCAUGCCUGUCAGCACUGCUGAGAAGCUUCUGGCUGGAUCAAAGUUUAAUCGUUACACAAAUGGCCAUCACACCUUGAUACGAUCUCUGGUUAAGUACGAAAUCCCUGAAGAAGUGGCUGAACAUAUUGAUUUUGUUGGAGGUGUGCAUCGAUUCCCUUCAAAGAUGACUGUAAUAAGCAAAGCAUGGAAAACUAGCCGGCAUACAGAAGCAGGCUUUCACUUGGGAGUGACACCUGCUGUUGUGAGAAAACGAUACAACCUUACUGCAAGUGAUGUUGGGUCUCAUGCGAAUAACAGUCAAGCAGUGGCACAGUUCCUGGAGCAAUAUUUCCACCAGAUGGACCUCACAGAGUUUAUGCAAUUAUUUGGUCGCAGCUUUGUGCACCACACUAAAGUCGAUAAAGUGAUUGGAUCCCAAGGAGGUAUAAAGGCUGGUUUGGAAGCCAGCCUGGAUGUGGAGUACAUUAUGAGUACUGGUGCAAACAUAACUACCUGGGUCUUCAGUAAUGGAGGAAGACAUGAAUCUCAGGAACCAUUUCUAGAGUGGAUGAUGUUGUUGAGUAAUAUGUCAUCUAUUCCAUGGGUCCACUCGAUUAGCUACGGAGAUGAUGAGGACAGUCUGUCUAUGGCAUACAUGGAGCGAAUCAACAUUGAGUUAAUGAAGGCAGGUGUCCGUGGACUCUCUAUACUGUUCGCAUCUGGUGAUGAUGGUGCAGGCUGCAGAGAAGUUAGAAGAGGCAUAAAUACCUUCCGACCAAGCUUUCCUGCAUCAAGUCCAUAUGUCACAACUGUGGGAGGAACUUCUUUCAAGAAUCCUUUUCAAAUUACAGCCGAGGUCACAGACUACAUCAGUGGUGGUGGAUUCAGUAAUGUGUUUAGGAUGCCAGACUAUCAGGCUGCUGCUGUGAAGUCUUACCUCAAAAGGAUGAAAUCACUUCCCCCAGCUAGCUACUACAAUGUUAGUGGCCGUGCCUAUCCUGAUGUAGCUGCUCUAUCUGAUAACUACUGGAUUGUAAGCAACCUAAUCCCAAUUCCUUGGAUUUCUGGGACAUCAGCGUCAACCCCAGUCUUUAGUGGGGUCUUGGCCCUCAUAAAUGAUCACCGGUUCCAGAAAGGUCUUCCAGCUCUUGGUUUUGUAAACCCAUUGCUUUACAGUUUACAGGAGAAUGGCACAUCUGGAGCAUUCUUUGAUGUAACUACAGGAUGCCACUUAGGUUGUCUGGAUGAAAAAACUGAAGGACAGGGAUUCUGUGCUUCUCUGUCUUGGGAUCCUGUGACAGGUUGGGGGACACCUAAUUAUCCAGAGCUACUCAAGGCACUCCUUGUAGGCAACGGUGAUGAUCCAUGACCUAAAACAAGGAGUCACAAUCUGAAUGCUAUUCACCGCACCCCCCUCCCAAAUGUUGUAGUUUAAUCCAUUUUUAAAAUUUAAAGUUUUAUAACAAUCCUAAACUAUUUGGGGUUUUUUUGUAUAAAAAGGAAUAUGCAAACAAAGGCACUGAUCAGUAUACUCAAAUAAUUAUUGUUUUUUUCAAUGCUGCUUAAUGCCACUCACACUUUGUCCAAAUUACUGUUUGAAUUGAGAUGUAAUAUUCAUUUUUAAAAAUUAAAUAAUUGAUCAAAUAUGUACUAACAAAAUUUAACCUGAUGUAUUUUGUAACUGGUUGUCAGUGAUACUGUCUAAGCUUUUAGCUGAACUUUAAAUGGUCAGUUGGCAGAGUCUGAAAUAUGGCACCAUUUGAAUAUGCUGACAAAAUACUGUUGGAAGAUUUUAUUUACAUAAUUUGUACAUCAUUCAUUAAGCAGUACAGAAAUAAAGUGCAUUUAGAGAUGCCCACAUUUGGCAAAUCAAAGAUAUUUAUACUUAUAGGUUUUGUUUCCAGUCAAUAUGUCCUGAAUGGUCAGGCACCAUUUGUGGAUCAAAUACAUAGUGAAGAUAACGGUAGAUCUCUUCAGCUCGUUGCUGACCAAUCUUUCCUCCAUAAGCUAUUUUAGCCACUGAACUAGAGUGAAAGAAAAUAAUAAGUUUGUCAAAUAACAGGGUUUCCACAUAAAUAGUGAAAUCCAUGCCUCAAAGAUGUGUAAUACUGUAUAUAAAUGAUGUGCACAAAUUUAUUUCUUGUUAAAGCAGUAAGCACUAGGAGAAGUGGGGAAGCCAUGAAAGAGCUGAAAACACUCAAUUCAGACAGAGUCUGUGGACAGAGAAAAAGUGUUAACAUUUAAGGUCAUUGGCCUAAAAACGUCAACUCUCUCUCUUCACACAUGCUGCCUGACCUGCGUGUUUCCACAGUCUUUUGUUUUGGAACCCCUUUUUAUGGAAAGGGGUUUGGAAUAGAACAGUACAACCAAACUAAAUUAAUCCACAAACAGCUGAGGCAGCCUGGGUUAAAAACUGAUGUUAGAUCAGCUUUACAGUCAAAGACCUAUAUCUCUCAGUACCAUUAGAGUUAGCAGAUUAAGCAUUCAGAAAGCAUUGUGCAUACACAAUAGGUGCUCAAGCUAAUUGUAAUUCUUUGUAGUGGUUAUGAAGAUUAUAAAUUUCUUUUUUGCAAUGUCCAUUGUAUGUGGAGAGCAAACAUCCUAUGACUAUUACGGGGAGAAGGCGGGAGAAAGGGGCUGAGAAACUUAUCAGCCAUGAUUGAAUGGCGGAGCAGACUAGAUGGGCCAAAUGGCCUAAUUUCUGCUCCUAUGUCUUAUGGUCUUAUGGACUGUCACAUUAAAUUUUGGAAUUUGUAUUGUGAUCGUUUUCAAAACUGCACAGAUGUGCAGAGGCUCAAGGAGAAUAAAGACACCUUGCAAGGACCAAUACAGCA